UCAGUGUUGCAACCAGACCUUGGGGCAGAGAGGCCAGGAAAGGCGCAAAAGAUUCACUACUCAUUGGUACCCCGGCAAGGCUGGCAUUAACCAGAUUCAUUCUACAGGCUCAGAACAGACUCCGAUGUCACCUGGCUGAAUUUUGGCGGAGCCUUUCACUCAGAUAUGUGGGAUGUCAACCUAAGAAGGUGUACAACACUGUCUUGUGCUACCUUGACUUGGGGUGAGGGACGGACAGCAAAGAUAUCAGAAAUAGCUUUCGCCCUUAAAGUCAAACCAUUUCCGUGCGGGGCAGAUUGCUGAGGCUUUCAAGAUCUUAAACCCUGUUUUUGGUGCAUAUGGGGUGGAGGUGGGCUUGGGAAAACAGGUUCGAUCAAAGAACGAAGGGUUAAGGCGCGACCGAGCCUAGUGGCAGCUUGUGACCAAGAGAGGGCGCCUGGAACGCCUAGGCCUGUCCCCACCUCCUGCCCAGCCCCUACCCUACUUCUCUCCCCACCCGCCAACUGCAUGCGCCAUUCUCCUGCGGAAGGCCACGCACAUUUCCAGGCACCUCACCAUCAGGCAUGGCCGGUGUGGAGCAGCGUGAGGGCACCAUCCAGGUGCAGGGCCAGAGCCUCUUCUUCAGAGAGGCUCGGCCUGGCAAUGGGCAGACUGUCCGCUUCUCUGUGCUGCUGUUGCAUGGUAUCCGCUUCUCCUCGGAGACUUGGCAGAACCUGGGUACUCUGCAUCGGCUGGCCGAGGCUGGCUACAGGGCUGUGGCCAUCGAUCUGCCAGGUCUUGGGCGAUCCAAGGAAGCGGUGGCCCCCGCCCCUAUUGGGGAACUGGCCCCUGGCAGCUUCCUAGCUGCCGUGGUGGAUGCCUUGGAGCUGGGACCCCCAGUUGUGAUCAGUCCAUCGUUAAGUGGCAUGUAUUCACUGCCCUUCCUCGUGGCCCCUGGGUCCCAGCUCCAGGGCUAUGUUCCAGUGGCUCCCAUCUGCACAGACAAAGUCAAUGCUGGGGACUACGCCAGUGUGAAGACUCCAGCUCUCAUUGUAUAUGGAGACCAGGACCCCAUGGGCUCCUCCAGCUUUCAACACCUGAAGCAGCUGCCCAACCACAGAGUGCUGGUCAUGGAAGGGGCGGGGCAUCCCUGUUACUUGGACAAGCCUGAUGAGUGGCAUACGGGGCUGCUGGAUUUCCUGCAAGGGCUAGCAUGAGACUCAGACCUGCUGAUAGCGGGGACAGACUGCCUACUCUAGGAUCUCUUGCUGUCUUCUCCUGGUCUCUGGUUUCUGCCUCACCUGCAACAGGUCUGUCUAUAAUCUGUCUGGGUUCCUGUCAUUUCUGUUUUUCUCUUGCAGCAACAGAUCAGAUCAAGGAGGUAAAAUCAAGUGGAAAAAGCCUCGGAUUCAAGGGGAGAACUCUGAUUGUGGGUAAUCCCUGAGCUUCUCCUGCCAGCUCCCUGCUCAGCUCUCACUUCUGCCUUACUUUACUUUCUGGUCCAUCUCCCUCUUUGGCUGCUCUACAGGACAGCCAUUCCUUCUGGCCACAGAUAGAAACAUGUAUGCUUGUUUAGAUCCAUCCCAAACAGAACCUCUCCCGUGGGAGCAGCACUGGGGUCGGUCCACACGACUGGACCGACAGACACCACAUUCCUGUGUAGCUUUGCAUCACAUGUUUGCACAGGUACAUGUGCAGUUUCCUGAAGGAAGGGGGAGAGUCUUUGUAAGAGAUUCACUUGCCAGGAUAAAAAUGUGGCCACCCCUAGAUUUCUCUUACCUACCCAUUCCAACUGGUCCCAGACCAGAAUUGCUUCCUCGGAAGGGGAGGUGCACCCGUCUGCUUUUCAAAUCUCCUCGCUUCUUCUUGCGGGGGCGGGGGGGGGGGGAGACCUGCACACCUCCCCAGGUCACCAAGCAUGAAUCUUCUCAACCAAGCCCAUUUCCUGCUCUGAGGUUUGGGAACGGGAUGAGAAGACUGACUGUGGAGGUCCCUGAAAUAAAGUGAUACAAUUAGA